CACAAUUCCUACGAGCCGAUACACUAUCUGUUCUGCUCCGGCUUUAUUCGAACUCAUAGGAUCCCACUUGGACCGCUACUAGAAUGUGCUGAGCGAGGGAAGUGUCGCCAUAUUUCCCGAAUUGACAUUCUUCGACCACGGUCGAUUUAAUCAAUCCCUCGCCGGUUCGAGUGUCUCCAUUGUGGGGACCACAUCUUUGCUCCUGCUGCAGCAUUUCCUAUACUCCACCGAAAAUGUCUUGUUGGCUUGCGCUUCAACGAUCCCAAUUUUGGGCGCAGAAAACCUCAUAUUGUGGUGCUUGUGGAUGAUGAUGUCACCGUGGGGGUAUCGUAAAAGGAUCUCGCAUCCCUGUCCCGCGCUAUGCUUCUCCCUAAUGAACGGUGUCCCGGCCGCAUAUUUCGACAACCCUCGCUGACAGAAUGGAAGCCCUGAAAACGCCAACGCGCCGUCCGUAUCAUCCUGCCGCACCAGCGAAGCGCUCGGAGUGGGCGAUGUGGGUGGGAAACGUGCCCAAAGAUGCGACUGAAGAAGAGUUGUGGGACCUGUUCACCGGCUCGCGCGACCACGGUGUUCAAUCAAUGAUCCUCCUCUCACGCACGAAAUGCGCGUUCGUCAACUUUGUCUCGGAGGCCCAUCUAGCCAUUGGCGUCGAACGAUUUGAUGGGAAGCAGCUUCGCCCGCAUUCGCGUCGCGCUCCAUUGGUCUGCCGUGUUCGAGGGCGGGAAGAAGACCUCCAGGCGGGCGUGGGCAUUCAGCGAGGGAUGGGAUUGCAUAAAGAAUGGGUUGAUGCACAGCGGUCCCAUGGCGACGUUGACCGACUGGAUAGUCCGAUCUCCGACGCGUCCACAUCGUCAAGUUUCCUGCAAACACACUUUCCCCAGCGAUUUUUUGUCCUGAAGUCACAUUCCAGGCGCGAACUGGACCGUUCCGUGGCCGAUGGACUCUGGUCCACCCAGAGUCACAACCGGGGUGUGCUUGAACAGGCAUCUCGUACCGCAGAGGAGACGAUUUUGUUCUUCAGCGUGAACAAAAGCGGGGAGUUCUAUGGAUAUGGGCGGUACUCCAAUUCGAACCCUACCUAACGGCAACGAGCUGAUGGCCGCUGCAGAAUGAAGCGCUCGAAGGUGGUCACCAAAUCUGCCGAUGAUCUACCUCCGCACACGAAUAUUGCUGAAAGGUCUCCGAGUCCAGUCACUCCGAGCCCGACACCUGUCCCACCCGAGAUCACCCAGUCGGCGCCCAGUGCUUUGGCAGCGCGUACUGCCGAUGUCGAAGAAAUGCGCGAAACAGGCCGGGACGUUCCCCCCCAGCAUAGUCUUGAUCAAUUGCUCCGGCGCCCUCGAAAACUCGAGGGCGAGGAUGUACAGAAGGUCUCUAAUCUCGGGGACGAGAAAGAUGAAGAUGAGCCGAGCAAUGCGUUCCUCGUCGAGUGGAUCUGCGUGGCACCAUUGCCCUUCAGAUAUACAAGACAUAUCGUCAAUCCAUGGAAUCGAGGACGGGAGGUCAAGAUUUCGAGGGACGGGACAGAACUCGAACCUGGGGCAGGUCAAGCCCUUCUCCAUGCAUGAUCUCAAGAGAUUGUGGUUUCAACAUUUAGUUCCGUUGAUGCCAAGAACAGCUUACGAAAAUGUCACGAUCCAAGUCCUAGACGGUCGACCUGCGCGUCCAGAUUUUGGGUCUCCUCCGUCGUAAUCCAGCGAGCGUGUUGUUUGGGUUCUUACUGUCUCGCGACUACGUCGAGGGCUGAACGUCAUCGUCACCUGCUCUUCACGAUUGAUCGAGGCACUUGCCGCUGGGACAUCCAACUACCACCCGCCUUCCCUUCGCUGUCCCCGUCUGAAAAACAUCAUGAAACGUAUCGAGAAGCACCGCAACCACGGGGCCUCUGUCUCCUAUAGAGCCUGUUGGCUCCAUCGCUGCGUCAGAGAUUCUUUGCUUUAUCGGUAGAAGGGUGCGUGUCGUCAGAUAAGUCGAUGGAUCGUACUGUGGACCGUUAAACCCCGCUGCAAAAAGUCGGAGUCAGCGCCGACCUCUUUGUUCAGGGGAUCAUAGCUGCCUAGAUUAUGGUCUUCGCAUACAAGAACGCACGCGACACGCUUAGGAUCAGGAUUUUCUCUACAGGGCUGUCGUUGACGGCAUUGAAAACCGUCGAGACACUAUACGCGCAGGUGCAGCCUUGGCUCAUGAAAGCAAACUUAUUUAUGAGAUAUGUGGGGCGUUUCUAUGGAUACAGAGCAUCGCGAUCUACGGUGACCCACAAACCGCGGUACACUACUGGUCAACAAGCUGGGUGACACGAAUAGUCGGAGCGCUGGAGGCCCGCGUAUCGUUUUAUGUUUCAGUUGUUUCUCUGCCAGAGGCUCUGGGAGCGUUCAUGGAUCUCCGGUUCCAUACCUCUUCUCCUCAUCCGCUUAAAAAUUGAAUUUUAUACGCAGGUCAUUUCCCACAACAGUCACUGGUCGUGCUCUUUCACUGAUUUUCCCUCGUUGCAAAUCUCGUGGCGGUGCGUUUCGAUUACUGAGUCGGAGCACGCG